UCAAGCAUGACCCAAAGCAUGUUGUAUUUGAUCAUACUCGCGCUCAGAAAUAUCGCACCAUUGGCUGUGACUCGCAUUUGUCGCACUCGCAUGAACCACCUGGGAACAAGUGGCAUGUGAAGUCUAUAACAGGACCUCAAUCUAGUUGGCAAGAAGAUUUUGAUUUCAUCACUGCAUUUUUGCAUGUCGUGUCCUUGAAAAUGCGGCAUUUCUUUGGGACUUUGAACUUUCAUGACUCGGUUUGUUGUACGUUGUUGCAGCAUCUAGGCCAUGAGCAUGACCGCAGCGAAAAUGCUACCCUGGUGACCCUGCUGAAAAAAAUAAGGUAACGGAUUGUGUAGUCGUGUCGUUGCACAUCAUUGUCAUUCUUUCAUCAUGGAGACCUUAAACACGAUGAGCACAACCGGCGCUGCACCGAGAGGGCCUUAUGCUCGUCUCCAGAUGUCCUCGACCUUGACCAAGAAGUUCUUCGUGUUGUGUGCCGCCAGAAGUUGGACGGCCGCGACUGGGACGCGGACGGCUGCAGCUAGAAGUACACGAGCCUCGACGGCCCUUUUCACAGUACGGCGGGCGGGCCGUUUUCUUUUUAUUACGGCACUGCGAGCUGCUUUCAAUCGUGCGCUCCUACCGCUAGUACCAGGCACUUCAGGCACAUCAUGGCAGAUAUUAUUUGCUUCUGGACUACAGCUCCAUCCUCGAGCUGCGGACAAGGACGGACUUCACAAGUCGAAGUUGGGUAAAUUGGUGGCACGAAUAAACCCAGACCCCCGGGACGCUGUUUCAGAUGCCGCGCAAUCCCAAUCUGAGGCAAACAGCACCGAUAGCAACACACGGACGACCGCCGGUGCCGCUUUGUCCGCGCUUGCGGAACGUGACAACCAAUUUUUAUUAAAGCAGCUACAGAAGAAGGACGAAAAUUUCGCAUUGGUUUCUCGUGGCAUCGCAAGUUUCAUCGGAGACGCAAUUAUCCGUGGUCCCUCGCGUUUGUUCGCAGCGAGGCACGCACCCGUCAACUUUAUUCGGCGUCACGGGGAGUAUGCGAAAAAGGCUUUGACCGGAGACUUCGGGGCCACGGAGAAAAUACAUCAAGUUGCGCAAGAACCAAUUAGCAACAGCAAAUUCGAUGAACGGAAACAAAAUAAAGAGGAACAGCAGGGACAGGGAGAUGAAGUAGUACAGCAAAGCUGGUCUUCCUUUUGGAAAGAUGUUUCGUUGAAAAGAGAGCAGCUCCACAGUUUGGCAAAGCUACAGCAGAAAGAGGUCAGGCCACUGAUGGCAAAGCAACAUGACUAUGACUACGAUCGUCAUGACCCCCGCGGAGAUGUGAGUAUGUGGGUAGACUUAUUUUUCGUCACCACUCUCACCAUGGCAGCAUAUGGCUUCGACGUCUUUACAAAGCAAGCGACAGCGUUUGCAACAGGUGGAGAUGAGGGUGUUGAUAAAGCAAAACAAAGAAGUUCUCCAGAGGCCGAAGCUUUCCGGCAUGUCGUUGGCCAUUACUUCCCUGCAUCUGCUGCCGCUUUGGAAUUUCUGCACCAGCAGCCAGACGGCGACUACCUGAAGCCGGCUUUUCACAUUGUGCGGGAUCCUGUGCGGAAAAUUAUAGCAGUAGUGGUACGCGGUACGAGUUCAGUAGCGGACACUAUCACCGAUCUUGCCGCCACACCUGCUUACGUUCCCGUUGAAAUUUUUGCGGAGCAGAAAUCAAGCGAAGACAGUGAUCUACUUCUUUCGAUCAAGCGGAACAGCAGCGAGACGAGUGACGAAGAUGGGAAAUUAUCGGAGGCUGCCCCAUGCCAGCAGGAAAUGCAAAAAUUCGAAGGCCAAGGCCCCGAGGAGCGCGAUGAAGCGUCGACAGGGGAGAGUCGAGAGGGCACAGUUGUGUUUCGCCGGCCCAGUUGCUUCGCGGAGAUGACUUUCGACCUUUUCGCGCCCCCGUACAACACGACGCAUCCGCGGCAGCUCAACGAGACCUGGGUCAGCGUGCAUGAGGGUGGCCUCCAGAGUGCAGAGUACGUGACUGCUAUUGCGUUGCCUAUCGUGCGCAAGACGCUGCAGCGACUCAAGAAGCAGGGCGACACAACUCGCUACUCCGUGUUGCUUACAGGACACAGUCUGGGCGCAGGAGUCGCUUCGCUCAUGGUACGGGAAAUAAACUUUGAAAGAAUAGUACUCUUCAUCAGUGCCCUUUCAUCUGCAGGACUGCAAUGAUGUUGAGUUGCCAGCAUUGUGGGCGAGACAGAGUUUUUUUUUGCAUAUACGCACAGAGGCACGUACGUACCGAAAGGUUUAAUCACGAUUGUCUCACUCAUCUUUUGAACAUUCGAGACAGCUACUAGAACUGAGAGAUGAAGUACAAAAGGCACUAUGACUAUACAUGAUGAUGAUGAUCUUUCUUCCUUUUAUACACGUACGCGAUCUGGAAGGGUCAGAAUUUGCUCCGGGACCUCCAGCGACCCCGGGGUCUUGCAAAUGUCGAUUCGGGAGAGCAGCAAACAGCGACUCCAAAAAUACUGUCCAUGUCCUCUGCCACUGCCGUCCACGAUGAAUAUCCUCUCUGGGGCGUGGGUGUCGCCCCGCCUGCCAUGAUCUCCGCUAAUUCCCGAGUACAAAAAAAGGUUUGGGUAAGCAAGGAACGAAAAGUCCUCACUCUCACGACUGACAAAAGACGAUAUAUGCCCAUUGUAAACUCAAAGUUAAUACUAAACACAAAUGAAUCCUCUAUGGAUGCAUACGCAUGAUUUGUGCAAGAAAAAGCAAACCGCCCAGCUAAGGUGCACGUCCGAGGGCGGGCAUUUUCUGCUUCAGGGCUUCUAAAGGCCAAACGCAUCAGGGCGGCCAUGGGGCGCGCGGCGCGGCUGGGUGUGUCCCAGUUUCGCCGGGGUGUGGGCGCAGCAACAGCCGCGCAGGGGCACCAGAAGCGCGAAACCGCAUGCAAGGGCGUGGCGUGGUGCCGUAGCGUAGGUUGAUCGGUCGAGGGCGGGGCAGGGUGUGGUGCCGCGCCUUGUCUGCGAAGGCAGGCGAGGGCGUGGCGCGGCGUCGUGUCGCAGGUUGAUCGGCCGCCGCCCGCGGACAAGGACCGGCCGCAGCUCAGGCUCCGCCAGUCGCGGCCGGGCUAUCGCGGGCGCCUUGGGCUUUUUUGGUCUGCCCCGUCUCGUCUCGCCAGCCGGUUCGGCAGGCUCCGAGCCCGCGCAGCGCCGCAUGCCAUGCGGUUUCGCGUUUCUGCUUGUUCCUGGCCAUGGGAAUACAUAGUUGCGCCCAGAAGCCACUGGUGGCCUUUGAACACCAUGACGCAGAGGCCGAGUCUCCUCGUCUCGCUAUCCCCUUCGCGUUGUUUGGGUAUUUCUGCCGGCCACAUCGUCGGGAGUAGGCGUGGCCACUGUUUCCCAUAGGAGUCAAAGCGAUUUUUCUCUGCAAUCGCCACGCAUUCAGAAAAGUGGCUGCGUUCUGUACUCAAACCAGCCAACUUUUCUGCAAGGACUUGGCUAUUUCAAAACCUGUUUCAAAACAUGCUUUCAAAACCACCUUGGCGAGAUGGAUACAGAGUGGCGACUCGAAAUGUCUAUCGGCUAUGUCUAUCCCCUAUGGCUAUCGCCGGAUUUGUUUGCGUCACAGCUGCGCCGAAAAUGUGCGCGACUGUCGCGGCCGCGGAUUGGGCUAUUCUCGGAAGCGUAGUAGCAUCGGGGGAAGCCGUUUCUCUGCUUCUGGCUGGUGCCGCCGCCGCGAGCUCUGGCGCCGUUGCUAUUGAACCAGCAGCACAGCGUCGGCCCUCGCCAUGCUGGGCGAGGCCGGCUAUCGGGGGGAGGGCGGCCGCAGUUGCUGGCAUUCUGUACCGGCUAGCGGGGGGGACCAGAGCGGCCGCAGCCCUUUGACGUGUCCAAAUUCGGGCCCUUGUGUGAUCGUUUUAGUCGUCUGGCCGUUAGUCUGAUCGGCAUUCGCUUGCACUUAUUGGCAUUGCCGCUCUUUCUGGUCGUGUUUCGACGCGCUAUUGGAGCUAUGCCAAGGCCGUGCGUUUCGUCGCUUAGGUCCUCCGAAUUGCCACGACUUCCGGGCUGACUCGGUCCGUGGCAAUCAGGGAAAUAACCGAAAAGCCGGUCGAUAAGUGCCGAUUUUCUUUGGGACAGCCCAUAUGGAUAGACUUGGCGAGUUACAAUCUACAAAGGUGCACGUCCGAGGGCGGGCAUUUUCUGCUUGUGGGAGUGAAAUCCAAGGCGUUUGAGAAUCAUCAUGCAACCGCAAAUUGUACUCCUGGUCAUGAUAACGAUAGUAAUGGAGUGACUUUUAUUUCCAAUUCACAUUGUGACGCCGGAGUAUGGUACUCCGUUGCUGUCCAGGACGAUUGGGUGCCGCGCAUCAGUGCCCCCUACAGGCAAGUGGUCGGGAGGUCGCUGGAGAUGUUGCAGGAGGAGAGCGACAGGUGUCGCGCGGCAGAGAACACUCCGUGCGCCAAGUCGGCUCCCGCAAACCAGCUUAGUUGGGUUAAUUGGCUUCUCGGGAGAGGAACGAAAAUUGCAGAAUGUCCCAGUGAGUCAUGUGUUGCAUAUUUCCGGAAUGGGCCUGAGCUUUACAAAAAGCUUGAAACGGAGCGGCACAGCAUGCGGGAUGUGUCGGAUUGGAUGCUACCAGUCUCAACGAACGCCGUGAAUGGAAGCGUCAUUAUGCUCACCCAUGAAGAGCCUGGCAGUUCCGAGACGCUAGAUUCGCUGCAGCGCAGCUUGAAGUGCAAGGACGAAGAUGCUGGCGCAGGUGUGUUUACGCACGCUGCAACAUCCGAAUCCGAUACCAAUGGCACUGUCGCGUUGAAGGGAGGAAACGUGGGGAGAACGCAAAAGUGCAACGAGACUUCGGAAAAGAAGUUGCUAGUCUCGAUGUUGCCGAGUUAUUACUUUGUUCCGAACACCAUGCUCGAUCGAAAUCUUAUUUUUUCCCCAGGGAUUUAUCAGGUGCAAAAGUGUCGCGUUCCUGUUCGCAGAUGAGACAAAGCUUACACACAGACACUUUAUACGAUGCCUGUUGAAGUUGAUUGAACUACAACAACAGACGGCGCUUGUGAUGGAGAUUUGCCUGCGGAUGUCGAUAAAUAAGUACCAUCUUGUUCUUGUUCGUUGCCAAGGAAAGAGGUGCGUCCGUCGUUCUUCGGCUCUGCAUGGGAAAACGAUACUUUGGCAAUGCAUAGAUUAAUACAACUUUCUUAUGUCCCUAUGACCAGUCAUGUUCCAUGGGUCUACCUGAAGCAUAUCGGCAACGUUAUCGAGGAAAAGAAAAACCUCCGCGCUGCUGGGGCGAGAAUACCUUUGGGGCCGACGAUAACAUCAAAGAAGACCACGGGGGCGGGUGGAAAACCACAUCAAGAGACGAAAGCUAUGGAACAGCUGCCAAUGGGCGAGACUUUGUUGAAUUCCCAUUCAUGA